AUGGAAGUCAAGAAAAAACCAGCUAUAGAUUUGCCAACAUCUGAAAAUCUGAGUGUGUUAGACCAGAAUGAACCUCAGAAUGGUAUUGAAGUAAUUUGUAGAAUUCGUCCCAAAUUUGUUGGUGAAAAUUAUGGUACUAAUUGUGAGUUCAUUAUAGUAAACUAUAUGAUUACGGAUAAAAGACUAGACAUCUACGAAACGAACAACGACAAUGAAAUCUCCAAUUAAAAAACUUUUACAUUCUCUUAAAUCUAUGAUUAGAAUUCAACAUAGAGGAACUUGCAUCAAGAAUAUGUUAUUCCAAUGAUUAAAGACAUUUUUGAAAAAUGUACAAAUUAAACCUUACUUAUUAGAGAAAGGAGUACUUGUAUUUACUUAUGGAGUUACAAAUUCUGGUAAAACUUAUACUAUAAUUGGUACAUAAGAAGCACCUGGCAUUUUACCGCUCACAUUACAAACUCUAGAUAAAAUAAAAACAGCGUUUCUAUUAAAUAAAACUACGAUUGAAAUUGAUGGAUAGGUCAUAAAAAUAGGGGAAUCCCCGUAUGAUGACUAUGUCUUGAAGGAAAUGAAUUACACAUUUUAAUCAUUGGAAAUCUAUAAUGAAGAAAUUUAUGACUUAUUAGCGAGUAAUAAGACUAAACUGCAAUUAAAAGAAAUCUAUGAUAAAAAAUGCUAUGUGAAAGAUGCUGUGGAAAAGGAAAUUACCAAUAACCAAGAAUUUAAAGAAUUGCUCAAUAAAGCCUUAACAAAUAGAUAGAUGGGUGAAACAACAUUAAAUAAUCAAUCAAGUAGAUCACACACAGUCUUUAAAAUACAAAUCUAAUUUCUAUAUUAAUAGGAACAAUUUACUAUUUAAAGGAAGUAAACAAUAUGUAUCGUUGACUUGGCUGGGUCAGAAAGAGCAAAAAAGGCUGAAACACAAGGUUCGUAACUUACAGAGGCAUGCAAUAUAAAUAAAUCUUUGUUGGUUCUUGGAAAGUGUCUCAAAUAAAUGAGAUGUCAAAAUGAAUCAGAUUAAAAUAGUCGCAUUCCAUUUCGAGAGUGUAAACUAACUAGAUUACUGUGUGAAUACUUUACAGAAGAAAACAAAAUCUUAAUGAUUGUUAAUGUUCGAUUAACUGGUGACGACAUUGAAGAAACACUUAAAGUUUUACAUUAUGGAGCUUUAAGUGUUAAUGUAAAUCUACUUAAAUCUAAAAUCUAUGAUUCCACCAUCUCCUACAAUCAAAGACUUUAAAUUAAUUAGUUAUAAUAAGUGAAUAAUGAUUCAAAGUAAAAGAAGAUACCCAAGAGAAAUGCUAAAGAAAUAAUCAGAAGAGCAAAGAUGCUUGUUCAAAAUACAACUCAACACAUGCUAUUUUAAUAAACUAUUCAAGAUUCAUUUGUCAAAGACUUAAUAUCAACUGUUAAAUAAUAGCAAGCAAGAUUGAAAUAAUUUAGUGGAUUAGAAGAUGAACUAUUUUAUCCUCCAAUUUUUUAGAGUGACUAAAGAUUAUAAAAGUCCUUAGAUAAAAUAUAGUCUGAAAAGUCACGACAAGCCUCUUUAGAUCUAUUAGAAAAUAAAGAAUUAGCUCAUCCGCCCGUCGUCAGUACUUUCUCAGAAGAAAUUCCAAUUAGAAAAUCAUAUAUAUUUGAAGAACCUGUUGUAUAGAAUAAGGAUGCCAUCGUUGAUGAAAGAUCUUAAGUUGUAAAUAAAUAGCGGUCAUCAGGAAUAUAAGAGGAGAAAUAAAACAUCAUAUCUAUUAUAGAAUAACACUUCAAUUGUUAUGAUGAGCAUGAUGACUUAAUGGCUGGAUUUAGACAACUUGAUCUAGAACAAAUUGAUGAAUAAACUGAUGACAGUAAGUAAUAAUCGAAAUGUCACUAGAUCAAACAGAAUCACAAUCAAGAAAAUGACAUUAAUGUUUCUAAUCAAUGUUUUAAUUAACUUAAAUAAGAAGAUUUACUUAAAAAUUCUAAUUAAAAAUUGGACAAAAAUCAUUUUGAUUAAGCAACCAAUACAACUCCUUAUGAUGAAUUGAAAAAAAAGCUUUUUGGCUAACUUUUUGAAUAAGAAUUAUAAAAACAGUAUCUAUAUAUUUAAUUUAUGUAGUUAAGAGGAGAAGGAUAAAUUUAAGUAAGAAGUAAUGAAGAAGUUAUUUAAUGAUGAUGAUUUGUAAAAUUUAAUUGAAAAGGAAAAUCAAGAAGAAUUAAUUAAUCUAGAGGAUUCUGCCAAAAAAUAAUAAUAGAGGAACCUUGAAAAAUUGAUUUCAAGUAAUCACAAAAGUGAUCUAAAAGUCAUUAAUGAAUCAGAUUAAGAACACGACUCUUCAGGUGAUAAAAAAUAUCAUCAACCCAAAAAUCACCCUAAAAAGAAAAAAUAAACUAAGAAAAAAGGCAAAUCGAAAAAAAGAUGA